UCUGAGAGAGCACUCAGCUCGACGAGAGGCUGGACAGCACAUGAUCGGCCGGCGCGCACGCUCCACAUCUCUAACUCUCCUUUCUUUUGUCUCCCUAUCUCUCUCUUUCCUCUCUCUGUUUGCUUUUGUCCUGCACUCUGACCAGCACCGGGUCGCUCCUCACAGCAGAGUUCAGAAUUGCACUACAAUGUCUGCGGUGGCUUCUCUGCAGUAAGCACACAAAGGUUAUGCUGCCCAAAAGCUGUCUGAGUCCCAGUGAGAAAGAGAAGGGCUAAAGCCGCACUGAUCCAAACCCAGCUUUCCAGAUCCUCUCCAGCAGCGACUCCACUGCGGAGCCAUGAGCAACCCCAGCGCUCCCAGCCAGAUCACAGAUGCCGUGGCAGCGGUUAUUCACAGUCCAGAGGCUCCUGCUGCCUCAUCACUACACGGGACUCCGCGCUCAGAAGAAGACGACGAUGGGGACCUGAACAAAACUUUGGGCGUCCAUCGCUUCGAGCAGAUCCUUAGUCCUGCCGCUGUCGUACCUGAUGAGCAGCACCACAACUACCAUGAGGAGGACAUUGAAUACCACCGUCACUCCUCCCACCACAUCCACCGACCUCUGUCCAAACUGCCCCCCGAGGGACGCAGGAAGAAGAGCAGCAAGAAAAGGAAGAAGGACAAAGACCACAAAAGCAGCCUUGCUCCCACCAGUGGCCCCAUAGAGGAAGGAGAGGAUGAAGAGGAAGAGGAGGAGGAAGGGACGGAGACAACUUCUGCUCUGUCUGAUUCAGAGAGAGUCAAAGAUGUGGAGUUCUUUCUUUCGGAUGAAGACCAUGUGGCCAAACGUGGCAAAGAGAGCCCCCGCUCAGCCCGAGAGCUUGAUAUUGUGCCACAGUCUGGCGUCGGAGCAGAUACUGAAGAUUCGACCUCCACAGAUAAGCCGGUCUUAUCCGACACCUCCAGCCCCUCUCCCCAGCCAGUGCCACCUGAACACAUACCGCUGGCCCGGGUGUCAUCCGCCAGCCGCAGCUACGACCUGCAAGAGCGCCGGCGUACGGGCAACAUGACGGGAGCUGAGCAGGCCAAGUACCAACGUAUUCCCACUGACGAGAGCGAGGCUCAGACACUGGCCUCCGCUGACCUGGACGGCAUCAAGAGUCAUCGCUUUGAAGAUGUUCCCGGCGUCCGCAGACACCUGGUCAGAAAGAGCACUAAGGGACAAGUGGUGCACAUUGGUAAAGACCACAAGGAGCCGACCACUCGCAGCCGCAAGCAGGACCGAACGCCACAUGAGUCGUUGCCGGUGGUUCUGUACCGCUCUGCCUCGCGGCCAGAAGGCAUCCUGCUGGACAUGGACUCCGGUCAAAUGGCUCGGUACCAGAAGGUGUUUGUGGAGCUGAACGAGCUGACCAUGGACAAGAACCAGGAGAUGCAGUGGAAGGAAACGGCUCGUUGGAUCAAGUUUGAGGAAGAUGUGGAGGAGGAGACGGAUCGCUGGGGGAAACCUCACGUUGCUUCUCUGUCUUUCCGCAGUCUGCUGGAGCUCAGAAAGACCAUCUCACACGGUGCGGUGCUGCUGGACCUGGACCAGAAGACACUGCCUGGCAUCGCCCAUCAGGUGGUGGAGCAGAUGAUCAUCUCUGAUCAGAUCAAAGCUGAGGACCGAGCCAACGUCCUGAGGGCCCUGCUGCUUAAACACAGUCACCCGAGCGAUGAGAAAGAGCACAGCAGCCCUUUCCCCAGGAACAUCUCGGCAGCCAGCCUCGGCAGUCUGAUAACACACCACAACAGUGCCAACCACACCCACCAGCCGGAGCCGUCUGUCACCGACCCGCUCAUGGGCACCAUCCAGGCUACGGGGGACACAGACACUCGCAUCGACAUGGAGAAGAACGAGGUACAGCAGAAGGAGCCGAACUUGGUGCCCGGUAUGCAUCGGUCCAAGUCCAAACAUGAGCUGAAGCUGCUGGAGAAGAUUCCUGAAAAUGCGGAGGCCACGGUUGUCCUCGUAGGCAGUGUGGACUUCCUGGAGCAGCCCACCAUGGCGUUUGUGCGACUGCAGGAAGCGGUGGAGCUGGAGUCCGUCUUAGAGGUCCCUGUGCCCGUCAGGUUCCUCUUUGUUCUGCUGGGACCCCCCACCACCAGCAUGGACUACCACCAGAUAGGACGUUCCAUCUCCACGCUAAUGUCUGACAAGCAAUUCCACGAGGCAGCCUACCUGGCGGACGACAGGCAGGACCUGCUGAACGCCAUCAACAGCUUCCUGGACUGCAGCAUCGUGCUGCCGCCGUCGGAGAUGGGAGGGGAUGAGCUGCUGCGCUCUGUCGCUCGCUUCCAGAGGGAGAUGCUGCGUAAGAGGGAGGAGCAGGAGGUCAAACUGUUGGCCAAAGAACCUAAAAGCCUUGAAGAAAAAGAGGCCCUCCUCACACCUUUGAAAAAGUCAGACGACCCUUUAGAGCGCACAGGGCGCCCCUUUGGUGGGCUGAUACGAGACGUGCGGCGACGUUAUCCGAAGUACGUCAGCGACUUCAAGGAUGCCCUGAACAGUCAGUGCAUGGCUGCUGUUAUCUUUAUCUACUUUGCUGCCCUCUCUCCAGCCAUAACAUUCGGAGGCCUACUGGGUGAGAAGACGGAAGGUCUGAUUGGUGUUUCUGAGCUGAUUGUGUCGACAGCAGUGCAGGGUGUGAUCUUCUGCCUGCUCGGAGCUCAGCCACUGCUGGUUGUGGGCUUCUCCGGACCCUUACUGGUUUUUGAGGAGGCCUUUUACAGUUUCUGCAAAUGGAAUGAGAUUGAGUACCUGACUGGUCGCGUCUGGAUCGGAUUUUGGCUCAUCGUCAUCGUGAUCGUCAUGGUGGCCUUCGAAGGCAGCUUUCUGGUCCGCUUCGUCUCCCGCUUCACCCAAGAGAUCUUCUCCUUCCUCAUCUCCCUCAUCUUCAUCUGCGAGACCUUCAUCAAGCUUGGCAGGAUUUUUAAGGAGCACCCUCUGAGACGCUGCUCCCUUGACAACAGCACAAUAGAGGGCACCUCAACAGACAAUAUCACCCUCUCACUGAGCAACAGCAGCCUGUCUGUGACGGCCAAGGACCGAGGCGAGCCCAACACUGCUCUGCUCUCUCUGGUCCUCAUGGCCGGAACGUUUUUCAUAGCUUUCUACCUGCGCAAGUUCAAGAACAGUGCGUUCUUCCCUGGAAGGUUUCGCAGGAUCAUUGGAGAUUUUGGGGUGCCCAUCGCCAUCCUCAUCAUGGUCCUGGUAGAUUACAGCAUAGACGACACAUACACACAAAAACUGAGUGUUCCCAGAGGUUUCUCAGUGACGAGUCCCAGUAAACGUGGCUGGAUCAUCAGUCCCCUGGGUUCGGACGGAAACUUCCCCAUCUGGAUGAUGUUUGCUUGCUGUUUGCCGGCUCUGCUGGUUUUCAUCCUCAUCUUCAUGGAGACGCAGAUCACCACUCUGAUUGUGAGUAAGAAGGAGCGGAUGCUGGUGAAGGGCUCUGGUUUCCAUCUGGACCUGCUGCUGAUCGUGGUGCUGGGUGGUAGCUCGGCACUGUUCGGCCUGCCGUGGAUGGCCGCUGCAACCGUCCGCUCAGUGACCCACGUCAACGCGCUCACCGUCAUGAGCAAGGCCGUCGCCCCCGGAGACAAGCCCCGCAUCCAGGAGGUGAAGGAGCAGAGGGUCACUGGGCUCCUGGUCGCCAUCAUGGUUGGCUUAUCCAUUGUAAUAGGCGACCUGCUGCGUCAGAUCCCCCUGGCUGUGCUGUUUGGUAUCUUCCUCUACAUGGGAGUGAUGUCUCUCAAUGGCAUCCAGCUAACAGAGCGAAUGAUGCUGCUGCUUAUGCCGCCAAAGUAUCACCCUGACCACACCUAUGUGCGCAAGGUCCGUACGCUGCGCAUGCAUCUGUUCACCUGCAUCCAGCUGGUGUGUUUGGCAGUUCUCUGGGCUGUUAUGUCCACACAGGCGUCUCUGGCUUUCCCCUUCGUCCUCAUACUCACCAUUCCUGUCAAGAUGUUCCUGCUGCGCCGCAUCUUCACCGCCAGAGAGAUGGCAUGUCUGGAUGCGGACGACGCAGAGCCAAAGUUUGACGAACGCGAGUGUCACGACGAGUACUCUGAGAUGCACAUGCCUGUGUAGCCCACGACGAGCCCUCACAUCACCGCUUAACUCCUCUUAGUGGACACUAAAAUCCGCCAAUCACUACCGCUAAACAUCUGGGAUGCAGCGAUGGAGUCCCUCCAACUUGAAACACUCACCGAGGAAUUUGAUGCCACAUCACUGUGCGCCACCAGCCUUCUUCAUCACCAGGACAUGAACGUACAGUACGUCAGGGGUGUUGGUUGGUUGUUACUUGGGUCAAACUUUUCACUAUUUAAGUAGCUUUUUAUCAGAGUGGUCAGCAGCACUUUGUGGCACAAGCAUUGAAAUCCUACCGAGGAGAUCAAACUAUCGUCAGUGUGCGUUCACUCAUAAUGUACUUUUUUUUUUAAAAAAAACAUAUAUUUCAGGGGACAAGAGAUUCCAAAUCAAAUGAUGUGAUCUCGAGCUCAUGUGAUAAGAAUAGAUAGAUUUGCAAGACUGAUUCAUUUUUAGCCCUGAAAGGUUGCUCUGAUUCACAUUGAAUAUGUGGAGGAUAUAUGGGAUACAUUCCUUUAUGUUAUCAUGCUAUAGUUAUUGCUCGUCUAGUUUGUCGCUUUUUUAAGCUCACCAAGCGCCUUAUGAAGGAAAUAAAAAGGUAUACUAAGAGGGGUUUUUUUCCUCAUUUUGUCUUAUUGUAGACAGCCGAUCACUUUACCCGCCUCCUGAAGCUCGUAGCACUUUUAUCAAGACACCAAAUCUGAACAAUGACUGUAUUUUAACUAAUCAUUUUAUCUCCUUAAAUCCCUUAAAUAUCAGUGUUGCUUUAGUUGCUUCUUAAAUCUUUGAUUGAUUGAUUUUUUUUUUUUUUUUUUUUUAGCUUGUCCUUUCACCGUUCAUGUUUUUGCAGAAGUUUAGAUAACAGUUGGGCUUUUAUGUUAACUUCUGUACCUGUAGUACAUUGAGAUCACCAGCAGAGGGAGAUCUUGCAGGACUGUGAUGAUGAUGAUGAUGAUGAACCAAAAAAAAAAAAGAAAAAAACAGUAUAUGAAAAUGCAAUUUCUCAUUACAAUAAUGCCAUGACAUCAUGUUUCUCAUCACAACACAUUUUUGUAGUUCACACAGUGGCAUAAUAAAUACACUCUAAGAGUCUCCAUGCACAUGUUUAGGGCACUAAUGUACUGAUGUAGAGUUUGCUUCGAGGUCUCACCUGGUGUGUUUGGUUUAUGGGAAUCACUGUAAUUUAUUGGUGUCUUUAUCCAAGUGCCAAAUUGUGUCUCGUGUAAAUAGUGUAGUGGUCACAACGAUAAGCUGCAGUUCAAUCAUCUCAAAUCUCCUUACUGUAACGUGUUUGAAGGAGUCUCAGCCUAAUUAACGCAUCUUUCAUAGUAUAACAUUCCUCGGUUUAUCACGGUUUUUGUUUUUCAAACAUUUCAUUCACACUCGUGAACUUUGUCGACCAAAUUCCACACAAGCUGUGUAGACAAUCUCAUUAUUCAUGCAUGACUGAGAGGGAAGGCUUUUAAAAUAAAAACAUAUGUAAUAGGUUUUUUUUUUAAUGUCGUGUUGUAUCAUUGUGACAAGAAUUGGUUAAAGCUUUGACGCUGUUAAAUAACUUAAAUUUUCGGUCUUCUGUUACUCUCGAGCGCGUAUUUCAGACACUACGUUUCCCUCUGAACUGCCCCAUCUUCGGCCUGACUGACGCUGUGAUCUUGUGCCUGUUUCUCGAAGUUGCACAAAAUCUCAAGUGCCUGUGGGACCAUGAAGUGAUCAGCUACAGGUGUCUGCUGUGUUUGUAAGGGCGACACACGUUACAAUAGUUUGCACUUUUGAGACGCUCAUAAAUCAAACAUCUCUCCCAUUAUUUAUCUGUUGCAAUAUGAGGCAUUAUUGCUGGGUUUUUUUUUUUUGAGGAUUUAUUUGGGGUAUGUCACAGAGCCUUUUUUUUUUCUUUCUUUCUAAUGUACACACACAUUUGGCUGCACCAUGGCCAUAACAACCAAGGGGAUAUUUAUGAGGGGGAGGCAGUGGAGUACAAUGUCAGUUUUAUGUCUGCUUGUUGUGCCUGUGGAUGAAGUGAAGGUAAUCUGUGUUAUGUCAAAGUGUUUGUCGAAGUCGUGAAAUGCUGAUCUGAUGUGUUGAUCCAUUUCAUAAGCAAUACAAAGUCCGAGAGGCUAUUGCUGAUGUUCCCUUGUACAUUAAUGGUUCAAAUAUUGAUGACAAAUAAAAGUUAUUUUCUAUUUA